AUGGAAUCCAAUCAGGCGUCUUCCAAGACAAGUCCUCUAACACCUCAAACAGGUAUAGGAGUAACAACAACUCCAGGAAUUACAAUGCUCAGACUUCACAAACCGAAACCUUUCUUGCUCUUGUGUUCGCUCCAAAGCUUAGUAAUCAAUUCCAUCGCUCACAGGAAGAAAUUCAAUUCCCGCUUGCUUUCCAUCCUCUGCCUACUCUAUGGUCUUGUAGCCGUUCACUUACAGAAAAUCCAUAUGUAUUCGAGAAAUUCAUCCGCAAGAAAAGGGAAGCGCUUACGAGCAAGAAAAGAAGAAGACUUUCUCAUUGCAUUUGCUGGCCUAUCCCUAUCUGUCGACCUUAGUCCUCUGCGAGCAAUCUCAUACCUUUUAAAGCAAGCGAUUGAAUACCUAUCCCUAUGGCUGCUAUCUGCUUCUAGCUUCUAUCCUUGA